GGCUGACGCUGCACCAAUGGGCGUGCGCGAGGGGCGGGGGCAGCGCAGGAGACACUAUUGUUGAUGAGGAGCGGCGGCGGCGACGGCUGUACUACCUCGUUGCUGCUGGCCGCGGCCCGGGCGCCCGUAGCACCCCGGAUUCCAGCUCCGUCAGCCCGCGGCGGGGGCCUGCCCUCCGGGCUCGGGGAUCCGCCCCCUGCAGCCUAGCGCGAGCAAACCCCUCCUUCUUGCCCCGCCACCAGGGAGGGGACCAUGUCUCAGCGGGUGAGGCGCAACGGGUCCCCCACGCCGGCCGGCUCUCUCGGGGGCGGCGCGGUCGCCCCGGCCGGGGGAGCCGGGAGCCGCCUGCAGCCCAUGAGAGCGACGGUUCCGUUCCAGCUGAAGCAGCAGCAGCAACAUGGCAGCCCCACGCGGGGCGGCGGCGGCGGCGGCAACAACGGAGGCUGCUGCGGCGGCGGCGCCUCAGGCCCCUCGGGCGGCGGCGGCCCCCGCACCGCCUCACGCAGCACGAGCCCCACGCGCGGCGGCGGGACGACGGCGGCGCGCACCAGCCCCACGGUGGCCACGCAGACGGGCGCGUCCGCGACGGCCACACGAGGCACCAGCCCGUCGCGCGGUGCCGCGCCCGGGGCCCGGGGGAGCCCUCCGCGCCCGCCGCCGCCGCCGCCACCGCCGCCGCUGGGCCCUGCGUCGUCGCCCAGUUCGUCGCCCACCCACCUGUGGACCGGCGAGGGCGGCGCGGCGCCACCCCCAGCCCGCGUCCGGCAGCGGAGGUCCCCGGAGAGGAGGAGCCCGAGCGCUCCGGUCUGCAAAGCAGGUGACAAAACACGACCACCUCCCUCAAGCCCCUCUAGUAUUAUCCGGCGCACUUCCUCCCUGGAUACCCUCGCUGCUCCGUACCUUGCGGGGCACUGGCCUCGUGACAGUCAUAGCCAGGCUGCACCUUGCAUGAAGGACAAGGCUACACAGACAGAGAGUGCAUGGGCUGAAGAAUACGCUGAAAAGAAGAAAGGCUCUCAUAAGCGUUCAGCAUCCUGGGGCAGUACAGAUCAACUUAAGGAGAUCGCCAAACUCCGCCAGCAAUUGCAGAGAAGUAAACACAGCAGCAGACAUCACCGAGAGAAAGAAAGACAGUCUCCAUUCCACGGCAACCAUGCAGCUAUUAACCAGUCUCAGGCUCCAGUUCCAAAGAGUGCACUUAUUCCAGUAAUUCCCAUCACCAAAUCUACAGGCUCCCGGUUUCGGAAUAGUGUGGAAGGAUUGAAUCAAGAGAUCGAGAUAAUAAUUAAAGAGACUGGGGAAAAGGAAGAACAACUUAUACCACAGGAUAUUCCAGAUGGCCAUCGUGCACCUCCACCCCUUGUGCAGAGAAGUAGCAGCACACGCAGUAUUGACACACAGACCCCUGGAGGGGCAGAGAAGGGGAGCAACAACAGCAGCCGCUCUCAGUCUGUGUCCCCCACGUCAUUCCUCACCAUCUCCAAUGAAGGGAGUGAGGAGAGCCCUUGUUCAGCUGAUGACCUGCUUGUUGAUCCCAGAGAUAAAGAAAAUGGGAACAAUUCUCCUUUACCCAAAUAUGCAACCUCACCAAAACCUAACAACAGUUACAUGUUCAAAAGGGAACCGCCUGAGGGCUGUGAAAGAGUUAAAGUCUUUGAGGAAUGUUCGCCAAAACAACUUCAUGAAAUUCCAGCCUUUUAUUGUCCUGACAAAAACAAGGUGAAUUUCAUUCCAAAAAGCGGCUCUGCUUUCUGCCUCGUCAGUAUCCUCAAGCCUCUCCUUCCCACACCAGAUCUUACCCUGAAGGGCUCUGGCCACAGCCUGACAGUCACCACAGGCAUGACAACCACUCUGCUGCAGCCUAUUGCUGUGGCCUCCCUCUCAACAAAUCCAGAGCAAGACCGAGUCUCUCGAGGAACAAGUACAGUCAUGUCAUCAGCCUCUCUCCUCCCACCCCCAGAACCAAUUGAGGAAGCGGAAGGGUAGGUCCUGGUGCUGCGACCAUUGUCCUGGGAGACGGAGAACCGUCUUCAGAUCACAAGACUAUGACGGCAUCAUGUACUCCCAGUUGGCUUUGACAGGCUCCAGCUUUCUCCAGUGACAUGUCACAGUGCAGCUUCUGGAAGGAAAGAAAGCAGCCCUUUGACAGCUCUGCUCAUUCACGAAGGCCAACAACCUUCAGUGCUUAGCCUGGUUUUGUUUUUGCUUUUUUUCUUUAAGCACUGAUUGAAACAAGAAGGGUCUCAUUCUUUACUUUUAGAAGGCCAAUGUUGCAUUGUUUUGUUUAUUUUUGUUUGUUUUUGUUUUUCAAGUGAGACUUCGUAAGAAACAAAAAAAACAAAAGCUGAUCCCUGAAGACAUGAUUCUUGAAGGGAGAUGUGAAUGAUGCUGCAAGAACCAUCUUUUAUAUGAAAAUGACUAUUUUCUAAUACCAAUGUUACAUUUUCUGAAACAUAGCAAAUAGGAUGUUCAAAAGAUUCUUUGGUGGCCUCUGUUUCUUGUCUCCCUUUCUAGGUAUGUGCUUUUCUCAGUUGCUCUCAGCUCUGGGACCAAAGGGAUCGUUGGCGUUUCCCGUUUCCCCAGCAGUCUUAAUCUUAUGACCAUGUUCUUCUCCCAAACAGAAUUGAUAGGUAAAUGCAUUGAACAAGUAUAUAUAAAAGGAGAUAAAAAGCAAUAUUAGUACAUUGUGUGGUUUAUGUUUCUUGAUGUCAGAAGUUUGUGCUCUAGGUGGAAUACUUGUAAAAACUGCUGUUUUCUUCACUGCUCCUGUACACAUUUCACCAUGUAGUCAGAAAAAUUAUAGUCUGAAGACAAAUGCUUUCUUUAUGUUUUCACUCAUCGUUGGAAUUUGACUUAAAAGUCAAUAAGCCAAAAGGAAACCGCCUAGUGUUGAUUCUAAGUAGGAGUAAGGAAGGAGCCCCUUCUGUGAAAUACUUAUCACGUGGCCUCCCUUCUUUAUCACAGGUGUCUUUCUACCUUUAAUCUUCACUGUAUCAUAGUCCCAAGAGAUCCCAAAAUGGCUGUGCAUGGGUUUCCUCCUUUGCUUUUGUGAUGUUACUGUCUUGUGGAUUUGGUCAGGGUUAGUAGUUUGCCAGGAGUGUAAUCCAUUGAAUAGCAGUCCAUAGUCACAGAAUCUCACGAUUGAUUGACAUCUUCUUUAUGAUGGUUGGCAUCGAGCUAUGUUGCCCACAGAUUUUGCUGGUUUCCCACCAACAUUCCACAUGGGAGGGGGAAUGCACUAGACAGCUUUGGAGUAUAAGCAACACACACUGUUAAAAGAUGCAGACAGUUUUGGAUUUGGGCUCAUCCUAAGAGAGAUCACUGCCAAUAUCACGAGACAGCAGUAUUUCAUAUUGGUAUGUGGUCGUAAAAAUAAGGAAUAGCUCUUUUUAAAAAUGAGUUACAGCAAACAGUAUUGAUAGAAAGCAUCCUUCUAAAAUCUUCAUGUAUUACCUUAUGGUGCAAUAAUUUAAUGUUUCUGUAGAUAAUGUUGGGAAGGAAAAAAGUAAAUAAUUGCAAAAGAAAUACAGUUUAAAAAGCUAAUGUGUAGGUUUGUUCAGACAUACCACCUCAGACUAAACCUACUGGUGCAGUAAGUCCUCUGAAAGGAUUUCAUUGUGCACCUUUAAAACAUCUAAGCUAUCAGAAAUACACCAUUACAAGCUUAAAAUGGAGCUGGAUUUAAAAAUGAGGUCCUAGCAAAUUAGAUAAAUCUUUCAUUUGCCUAAGUGUCAAGUUUCAGUUGGUAGGGCUAAUGAAUUUAGGUGUCUUUUCAAUUCAAAACGAAUUUACUUGGAACUACUUCUUUGUUGCUUCUAAAUCAGUUGAAACUUAUUUGGGCUCUAAAAUUUCUGGCUAGCUGGAUUUGUUGUUGUUGUUUUUUUUUUUUUAGAACCAUACUUCCUUGCUUUCUUGUUAGACCUUUUCACAUCACCAUUUUACCACUGAGAAUUGUUCUGUCAGAACUACAAAAGAAAAGGUAAAACUGGAGUUAGUGAAAUGGUAGAGAAGGAAGUUAAAGGCAAAGUUUUUUAUUACUUGAAUUUUGUUAAGUCUUUUGUUCUUUUCUUUGUCUGACAUAGAAGAAAUUCUGUCUGCAUCCCAAAUGACCAAGGGCAUUUUACACUUAGAAUGCCACUUUGUAAAAUUUUUUUUUCACUUUGUUAUACUUGUUUGUCUAAUUUACAUCUUUCUAUGGAGUUUUACAUAUGUUUAAAGUAAUUUAAAAUCAAAAUGGAAGAACAAGUUUAAUAUUAUAAGUCUACAUAUGUAGAACCUCUAGUCUAAUUAGGCUUGGUUCUGAGGAGAUAAAUGAAUUGCAUGGCAACCAAACAUCCUUUGGGUGUGGGAGAAAUUGUGGGGGGAGGGGAGAAGGUACAAAUAACUGCCAGUGCCAAAGGGCUAAUUUUUAAGCAUCUAAGCUUUAUUGCAGUCUUAAAUAUUAACCAUAGGUCCAUUCAGUUUUAAUCUUUAGUUUACAGAUGGUUGAUUUUUUUUUAAGUGGGACAGUAGAAUGCAUAUUAUUUUCUAAAAUCACAUUCCCUAAUUAUCUUAUUGUUCUCUAGAUAACUGAGAAAGUAAAUAGAAUAGCUUGAGAGGAAUUUUUAUUUUCAUUUUAAGUAAACAUACUUCCAUGGUGGCAAAAGGAAGAAAGGGGAAACAUGCAGAAAGAGCUCUCACGGGUUAUUUACUUUGUUAGUCAGUAUUUCUCACCCUUAAACAGCUUCAUCCUUGUGGUAACAUUUACUGUUUCUGAUCAUGACUGAGUCUUCUGUCAUGACUUUUGUGAACAGCUUAAAAUACCCUUUCUGUUUCUUUGGUUGAUAUGGUGAGCAUGAUGCCAAAAUUACUUUGGAAGUAGAUUCUUCAUUUUGUUUUAAAUGUUUGUUCAACUUAUGAUGAGCCAAAUCAGCCUUUUAGAAGGUGCUAUUGCUAACUAUGGAGUCACUGGCAACAAGAGAGUGUUUUCCUUCCUUUUUCUUUUUCAGUGAUUAACUUUUACUAGAAGUUAUAGUAGCAGAAUUCAUAGCCUUCUCAUGUCCCAAGAGUAGGAUAGGAUUUUCAAGUUUUUCUUUUUAUAAAGGAAAUAAAAGAACAAUUGCCACUACUGAAUUUCCUUUACUCUUGUAAACUUAAGAUUUAUUCCUUAAUGCUUGGAAUUUUGAAGUCUCAGAACCAGACCAAUGGAAGUGCUGAAUUUGCAUUAAAGAAAUUAAGAAUACCUAACUCUGCACUUUAAAGUUAAGUUUUACUUCUGCCUAAAUGAAUGAUAAGCAGAGCAACCCUGAACAAUAUUUUUGUUUACACGAUCCUGUUGAAAAUAUAAUUUAUGUUUUUUAAAGUCUGUUACCUCUUCUCAUCUCUGUUGAAGCCGUAUAAAUCUUUUUUAAAAUGCAAUUUUUUAUCUUUUGUUUUUCUAACAAAAUUAUCCCAGUAAAACAGCAUUUCCAAGAGUGAUAUUGUUAUUAUGUACUUACGUAUUCCCUGUAUUUGAACACUUGUUGCUGCCUCACAAGAAAAUAGAACUUUUAUGUUAAAAAUAAAGUCUGUUCUUGAGUUUU